UAAAAUAGCUAAAAAGUAAAAACCCAACUACCGCUGCUUAUCAAUUAUAACUACUGUUUAUUAAUACUGAUAUAGUGCUGUUUAGUGUUUAUCAAAAGCAUAUCAAGCAUUAAAACGUGAAGCGACAGGCACGUAUGUCAGAUAUAGAAGAAAGGAGUACAGGACUUGGAUCUUUACGACAUGCAACUUACGAGUUAUGAGUUGUAAAAUUAAUUAUCAGUGUAUUUACUACCCUACAAACAAUAUAUAAAUUAUCGAAGUUAAAAAGACUCGUUCAGAUUUUCCAUGUGAUACAACUAUAUAGAAUACAAUUAAUAUUUUUAUUUCUUAGUCUUGCUAAUAAAAUACAAUUGUCGUGUUCGUUAAAACGAUGAAAAUUGAUUCGGAGUUUUUACCCGAAAAACAAUGUAUUGUUAUCGAUAUUGGAACUAAGUACACCAAAUUUGGAUUUGCUACUGAACAUUCGCCUAGAUGUAUUAUACCUACUUGUUGUGAAAUAGAUGGUACAUUUAUUCCUGACAUAUAUAAAUGUAAAGAUGUACAAACACUUACAUUAGCUCUAACAAAUUUCAUUCAUAUGUUAUUUUACAAGUAUGCACUUGUUGCACCUAAAGAUAAAAAAGUAAUAAUUGUUGAAUCAUUAUUAUCACCAACAACAUUUAAAGAAAUACUUGCUAAAGUAUUGUUCAUUACUUAUGAAGUUGCGUCACUAUGUUUUGUACCAUCACAUUGUGCUUCUUUGUUCACUCUUGGAAUUUCUACCGGCUUAGUACUUGAUAUAGGAUACAAAGAAGCUAUUCUUAUACCAGUAUGUGAAGGAGUACCUGUUUUACGGCUAUGGCAAGCAAUGGCAUUGGCAGGACAAACAGUAGAAAAUCAAAUCAUAAAUCGUAUUGAUAUAGGUCAAUUAUCUCCUGAUGAAUCGAUAGACAGUAUUGCUGAAGAUAUUAAAGUGAGAACUUGUUUUGUGACAACAUUAAAACGUAGCAAAAUUCUAGCCACGGGUCAAAAUGUUGAACCAAAAACUUCUGAUGUUGAAUAUCAUAUAAAUGGAGAAAGAUCCAUAACAAUAUCAGGAGAUGUUAGAGAAACAGUUCAUGAUGUAUUAUUUAAAGAAAAUAUUGAUGAAAUGUCUAUCACUACCAUGAUACUUGAAACUAUAGUUAAUAGUAAUGUGGAUAUGCGAUUAAAGCUUGCAGAAAAUAUUGUUCUUAUUGGUGGUACAGUAAUGGCUAAAGGUUUCAUGGCUAGAUUAAAAGAAGAACUCUUAGAAAAGCUUAAGUCUUCUAAAUACAACAAUUUAAAAAUUACAAAAUUCAAAUUUCAUAUUGCACCUGCAUAUGAAAAUUACAUUGCAUGGCUUGGAGGAUCAAUAUUUGGAAGUACAAAUAAUUUGAACAUACUUUCACAAACAAGGGAAAAUUAUUUAAAUGAAAAUUAUGUUCCAGACUGGCCAACUACUUUCACUAGGCAAAAAAUUGAAUAAAUUGUAAUAACUGCACUUUUUUAUAAACAUAUAUUUAUUAACAAUUAUUUGAUCAAGAAAAAUUUGUUCUCGUAGUAAUCUAUAAUAUUGAUUAUUCUUUUUUAACCAUUUUUAGUUAAUAAUAAUAAAAAAAAAAACUAAUGAAUAUCCUAUUCUGUAAAUAUAAACAAUGCUUCACUACAGAUUGGUACAACAAAUACAAUCAUCAUUUUUUGCCCUAGUCAGCUUUAUUUAUAUUUUCUCUCAUAUUUAUAGCAGAAAUGUAAAAUUGAUUU